AUGCCUGCUGUUGAAGAAUACGAUGAUCCAGCCUGGCCCCCGGGCACGGUUCGGCUCGAAGAGGAGGAUCGGUCAAAUGAGAUUCUCCUGCAGCCGCAGCCGUCGCGAGACCCCAAUGAUCCACUUAAUUGGUCCAAACCGCGCAAGUAUGCCAACUUUGGCCUUGCCGCCUUCUACGCCUUGAUGGUGUUUGCGCUAAUCGAUGUCGCUACACCGACUUGGGGCCCCAUGCACGAAGAGCUGGGCUUUAGCUACAAUGCCUUGAACAACAGCUACGCCGCUGGUUGUGGCGCCCUCGCCGUCGGAGCUUGUGUCCUUAUCCCGUUUGCCCUCAAGUACGGCCGACGCCCCGUGUACAUCUUCAGCACAGCCAUCCAGAUGGGCGUGUCAAUAUGGUCCGCCCGCCAGCAGAACGUGGUGGACCUGAUGAUGGUCAACAUCAUCAGCUGCUUCGUAGGCGCCCUAGCUGAGGUGGUGGUGCAGAUGACGGUUGCAGAUGUCUUUUUCGUCAACCAGCGCGGAACCAUGAACAGUUUAUACUUCUGGUCGACUAGGAUUGGUGCCUCGCUGGCCCCGACGGCGGCAGGAUAUGCUACCGUCUCGCAGGGCUGGCGUUGGGUCUGGUGGUGGGUUGCCAUCUUCUUCGGGCUUCUUCUAGUGGCCAUGAUCUUUGGCUAUGAGGAGACUAAGUUUGUCCCUCCCGCGAUCGACGGCGUCAAUAUCGCCCACGAGUUCCAUCCUGCUAAGGACGACUCGAAAGACCCCGAGCUGGCUCAUACCACAACGCCGGCUGAGGGCAGCCCCAAGCUGACUGUCGCUUCUAUCGACCCUGCCAUCCCGAGGAAGACAUACAAGCAGCGUCUUGCACUCACCACUUCAUCGCCAGGUUCUCUUGGUUCCUUCUUCCGGCACUGUUACCAACCGUUCCAGAUCCUCUUCUCAGUUCCGGGUGUCUUCUACAUGUCCCUGGUCUACGGUGGAAUGAUGGUUGCAUCCAACGUCAUUAGCACAACUGUCUCCAACUGGAUGAUCCGGGCGCCAUACAACUUUGAUGCGGAUCAGAUUGGACUGAUGAGCCUGGCUCCAUUCACAGGAUCGACUCUGGGGACGCUCAUCUGCGGCCCUCUGAGCGACUGGCUGAUUCUGUUCCUCUCUAAGCGAAACAAGGGCAUUUAUGAGCCCGAAAUGCGUCUCUGGGUGAUGUUGGCCUUUGCGCCGUUUGUGCCUAUUGGCAUGAUCCUGUUCGGUGUUGGGCUCAACAGCGGCUGGCCGUGGCCUAUUCUAGCUAUCGGCUAUGGCAUGUGCAGCUUCGGCACCGCACCGGCUGGUACCAUUGCCCUGACUUACAUGACAGAUGCCUAUACCGAGAUCGUCGGAGACGCCAUGGUCAGCGUUACUUUCACCCGCAACGUGUGCUCCACCAUGUUCAUCUUUGCGCUCCCGCCGUGGAUCGCGGCUGUUGGGCUGCAGAAUGUUUACAUCACUAUGGGUGUUCUGAUCACUGCCAUUCUAUUUGGCAGCGGGCUUUUUAUCGCCUUUGGCAAGCGGUUUCGUUUCAAGUUCCGCAAGACCUAUCGCUACUUUUCCGCGAGGCAGUUUGAACCGCGACUUAUUGCGAUGACCAAGUUCCUUCGUGUGCCAACUGCCAGCGGCUUGAUCUUGCGCCAGUUACCUAGAAACUACCUCGAGACUUUGGAGGAGCGCGUCGAGCUUCUCGAGCGCCUCCUGCAACAACAGAGCCAAGUCAGCCAGCCGCAAGCCCCCGCCGGACUACAACCGUCUCGUUCUCGCGACUUCAACCACUUAGGUGCUGUCACUGGGCCGUAUCCAGCAAGGGAUCGAGAUGAGAGCGAUGAAGCUACCGAUCUGAUAUCAAAGGCAGGUGUCUUGAGCCUUCACGCCUCGGGUGCGGAGCCGCAGUAUUUCGGGCCAUCAUCCAUGUUCUCCUUCUCCCGUGUUAUUCAUGCUUGUGUUCGACAGACGGUGCAAGAGAAACCCUCCAACGAAUUCGACUACAGCCUGGACGAAAUGGAUGCAUCUGCAUUGGCCCCCUGCCGCCUUCCAAGUUAUGAGGUUGGGUUGGCCCUAAGCAAUGCUUACUUUGAAAAUGUUCAUUUGCAGUAUCCUUUUCUUCAUGAGCCAACUUUCAGGCAGUGGGAGAAUAACGCCGUAGGGCUGGAUUCCAUGGUGGCCAGUCCUUCUGAGCUCUUCUUCGUCAACAUGGUUUACGCGAUAGGAGCUCUUCUGAAAUCCAACAAGAAAUCUUUCCCACAACAACUUUACGUCUCGGCGCUGCUAUACAUCGAUCAUGUUCUGGCGAAAAAGAGCCUCGAGUCUAUCCAAGCAUUGCUUUGUUGUGCCUUAUUCUCAAUCCGCUCUUCAAUGGGCCCGUCCGUUUGGAAUCUCUCGGGCCUUGCGCUGCGUCAGUGCAUAGAACUCGGAUAUCACCGCAAUCCUAAGAAGAUCAACUUGAAGACGAACAUCCUGCGUCUCGAGCUGCGGAAGCGAGUAUUCUGGUGCGCAUACCAGAUGGACUGUGCCUCAUCCGUGAACCUGGGACUUCCUCUAAGCCUCCCGAUUCAGGAAGUCGACACUGAAUUUCCACUAGAUAUCGACGACUCAUCCAUCACCGAGACUGGAGUCAAAGGGCCUUCUCGCCCGCCAGGUGGCCCGGUAACCACCAUGUCACACGCGCUACAUCAAUUCCGGAUCCGAUGCAUCUGGGCCCGUAUCUACGCAUCCAUAUACUCCAAUGCUGCCAGCCAAAGCCACAGUGACGAAAGCUAUCAGGCACAGGUGCAAUCAUUGCGUAGGGAGCUCGACGAAUGGAUGGCCGCUACACCUCCUGAACCCCAACGGCCAGGCGUUCCCCUGACCGUCUUUGCGAAUGCCGAGGAUUACAAAGUGACCUACAACGAAACCAUCCUGUUUCUCUACCGUGGGCAGCUGACAAACCGCGAGAAUGUGCAGGACGAGGUGUUUUUGGAAUGCAUGCAGGCUGCAAGUGACAUUUGCCAAUCAUGCAAGCGCCUGUACAUCGGGAAGCCCAUUAACUAUACCUGGUCAACCCUCCACGUCAUCUUCCUAGCAGGGUUAACUAACCUGCACUGUCUUUGGACUUCACCUGCCGUCCGACAAGCCGCGAGGAUCGAUAGCGUCAGCAAUUCGUUUACGACCUGCACCAUGUUGCUGGCCAUCAUGGCGGAACGCUGGGAAGGCGCCGCGCCGUACCGGGAUCUAUUCGAGGCGCUGACUUCAAGAGCCAUGGCUAUGCUGGUAGAGAGGAAGCAGCACGAGCCAUUGCCUACGUCGCCUGUAGGCUCUACUGUUCCGAACAUAGAGGAUCUUACGCAAUGGGCGGCCCAGAUAGCCGAUGUUGGCAUGCCUGAUGCCUUUGGCAGCCUCCUGAGUGGCCUCAUUGGCGAUUACAGCUUAGAGGGACAGGAGUCUAAUGAUAGUUUGUGGGAGUUUUGA